AUGGACCGGCAGCCGCCCACCGCCUUGCUCUCGCCGCAGGAGUGGGAGCAGCUCUUCGACGAUUUCGCUUCCUCCUCGAACCCCUCUCGCCGCGACCGAUGGCUCCACCUCCCGCUCCUGGACCUCGCUGUCUCCUCGCUGCUCCGCCGCGACCUCCCCUCCCACCUCAAGCCCCUCCUCCUCUCCCUAGUCGACGACCACCUGCUCCCGCCCUCCCCGAGCAGCCUCCCCGCCCUCCUCGCCUCCCUCCUCUCCUUCCCGCUGGACCACCCGCGCCGUGACCACCUCCUCGUCACCGUCGUCUCCGCCUUCGCCUCCGCCCUCUCCGCGCCCGUCUCCAGGGACCACGAGGCCCCGCACCUCGCCGCCCUCGUCGACGCACUCCUCGCCGCCGCCAACCGCCCCAACCACGCGCCCGACCGCGCCGCCCGCGCGCUCGCCUGCGACGCUCUGCGAGCCCUCGACGCCGCGCUACCGGGUCUCCUCGCCGAGGCCCUCGGGCACCUCUACGCGCUCGCCGCCGCGGAACGCUCCCCGGCCGCGCAGUCCUACCUCCUCCUGCUCGCCUCCGCCGCGCGCCACGCCGUGCGCCUCGGGAGGCUCGCCUCCGGCGCCUCCAUCCUGGCGGUAGCCGGCCCGCCCACCCCCUUCACCGUGCCCGCUCACCUGCUCUCGCCUCUCGCCGCCCCUGGCGCGUCCGUGGCGCCGCCCUCGGAGGUGAACGUCAGGGACAUACGGAAGGUGCUCGCUCUGCUCAUGGACCGGCCGCAGGUGCUCACGCCCGCAGCGGCCAUGGAGAUGAUGGCCAUCCUCGCCGAGGUCGCGUCGGCUGUGCUCCAGUGGGCGCCAGCGAUUGCAGCGCACAUCAAGGUGCAGUUCGGGGGGAUGGUGCAUUCGUCCAGCCCCAUGCUGCUACACUCGCUGCUCACGCUCUUCGUCCAGUUCCCAGAUGCCUUUGGGGCUGAGGAUGAGCGCACAAUGGCACACCGCCUGGCUUUGGCUGCCCGUGAGGUGCACCGUCCACUUGCAGUGCGAUUGCUGGCUUUGCAUUGGCUACUCGGCUCUGUCAGGUUCAGAAAUCUGGUGCCUGGUCUCGCCCGAUGGUUUUACCCUGCCGUGUUCGAUCCCCUCGCGCUCAAGGCCAAGAAACUGGAUUGUCUAGCUUAUGUUGCUGCUGGUGUUGAUGGGGAGAAGGUUGCAGCAGCAGACAGAGCGAGUGACCAAGCAACUGGGCUACUUGACGAUGGCUUGGUUUGCGUCUCCGCCUUCAGGUGGCUCCUAGCAUGGAGUACUGAAACGGGUGUGGCAUUCCGAGCGCUGCACAGUGUCUUGGUUGGUGCUGCUCCUCACAGCACUGACGGCACACGCUGCUCCGGGGCUGGUGAGCUCCUGAAUUCUACUUUCUUCCACCAUUUACAGGCUAUCUUGGUUGAUAUGGCAUCAGAGCAUCAGGGUUUAGUCCCAGUGAUUGCUGAUUUCACCAACCGUCUGCUAGCAUGCAACUCACAUCGGAUUUGCUUGCGGAUGUUAUCUUGUGUUCCUGGGAAGAAACUGAGGCAUAUCAUGGGAGUUGGAGAACAACCUUCAGGUGUCACACCUUCUCAUUCUGGUUCCUUGUAUGACAUCCCAUCACCGCGUGCUGCUCAAGAUCUUAAGAGCAUGCCUGAUCUGGCAUCUUACAUUCAUCUUGAAAGGGUUGUGCCUCUAAUUGUGAAGCAAUCGUGGGCCCUCACAUUGCCUAAUUUCAGUGUCCAGAACAGACCAUCUGGUUCCAUUCUAAGUAUACAGGACGUCAGCUCUGCUCCCUCAGAGCAAGAAAAUCCAACAGGACCUACAAUUGAGAGAAUUGGCUAUAGACAAGAAACCUUACGUGUGAUGGACUCUAAAGGUGCUGCAACAUUGCAGAUUCUCGGAAGGGAAGAAUCCAGUUACUGUGCUUCAGUGAUGAUAGAACUGGAACCUCAAGAGCCUUCACCUGGCCUUAUUGAUGUUUCAGUUGAAGCAAACACUGAGAACUGCCAAGUUUUAUCAGGGUCCCUUAAACCCAUUACAGUUGGUAUUGAGGACAUGUUUCUAAAGGCCAGCGUACCACCUGAUACUCCAAGAGAGGGUGUGGCUAUGUACUACCAGGAUCUGUUUCAUGCUUUAUGGGAGGCCUGUGAUAGCUCUACUAACACAGGUCGAGAAACUUUCCCUUUGAGUGGAGGGAAAGGGUCAGCUGCCAUUAACGGAACUCGGUCUGUUAAACUUUUGGAGGUAACUCCAAAGGUUUUGAUUGGAGCUGUUGAAAGAUAUCUGGCUUCCUUUGUUGUCAGUGUUUCUGGAGGUUCACUUGUAACCAUUCUGAGAGGAAACGGAGUCAUUAAGAAUGUCAUGUGGGAAGAAAAUGUCCCAGAUGCCAGUGUAGAUGCUGAUGCACUGGUUCCGUACUCACCGGACAACAAUCUCCAGCUUCAGCUCGUAGAUGACGACGAGAUUGGGGUUGGUGCUGAGAGGUAUGGCCAUGAAAGCAAGAGAGAGAUGGGAAUCAUGCGGGUCAUGAUAUUCCUACCACCCAGCAUCGCCACCAUUGCAUCGAGCCAGGAACGACGGGCUGCCCGCUCCUGCCGCCGCCGCCGACGCCGCCUGCUCCUGCCGCCGACGCCGACCCAGAUGUGGGAUGUUGGGGCAGACAAUCAUGAGACCUUUCAUGGUGCUGGCAUUCUUGAACAUGCUAAUCUCUCACUGGAUGAGCCAGAAUUUGAACGGAUAUUAUUUGAAGAUGAAGAAGGCGUAUCUGGCACUGAGAUGCAGUAG